AUGCUGACCAUUUUGGCGCUGGCAUCGGUCAUACUGCUUGGAAUAGUGCCCCAGCAGUCGGAGGCCAUCGUCAUCUACACGGGCUGGGAGCGUCACGCCCUAGUGGGGUCAGACAUCCGUCUGUCAUGUUCAUUCUUCUCCUGGCGCUGGACUUCCGAUGACGUCACCUUCUCCUGGAGCUACCGGGCCGACGGAUCCAGGGACACCAUCUCUGUCUUCCACUACACUGGUGGAGCUGCCUAUGUGGACAACAAGGGACAGUUCAGAGACAGGCUGGAGUUUGUGGGGAACCCCGGUCGCCGGGAUGGAUCCAUCCUACUCAAGAACCUGGACUACGGAGACAACGGCACCUUCACCUGUGAUGCCAAGAACCCGCCUGACAUAGUGGGACGCGCCUCCAGUGUCAGACUGCUGGUCUUUGAAAAAGUUCCCAUCCAGGCCGGAGUGAUCACAGGGUCCAUCAUCGGUGCGGUGCUGGGUCUGUUGGUGCUCGUCGUUGUCAUCUACUAUCUCAUGAGGUUCCUGGUGGCCCGCAGAGUCUUCAACCUCAGUGUCAGCAAACAUGGAAAAAAAGGGAAGGGUAAAGAGGGAUCACAGCAGAGACAGGUGACGGUCCCAGUUCUCUCCAUCGGGGACCCGUCCAAGCUGAAGGCCGCCGCCUCAGAAAAGAAGAAGCAGGAGUCACGCAAGGAUAAGAAAUAG